AUGGAUCUUCACCCAACCCUCCGGGGCAUUCUCACGAUAACACUGGCCGGCUUCGCCCUGGUCGCCCACGCCCUACCACAACCACAGCCUCAGGCCCAAGAAACCGUCGCCCCUUCGCCCAAAGUCUGGGUACAUGUCGAUGCCACAACCAAAGGCGUAACCAUCACGCCCACCGUGACGACCUACCGCGACGGCGACAAAAGCACCCAAAGCGCGCCCCCACCGUAUCUCACCGUAUCUCAAGCAUACAGCAGCUUCAAAGACGACGGGGUUCUGGCGACCUACACCAGCCUCAACCCUGCUCCAACUGCCUUGGGAAUCUCGGGAGUGACCGACCCCCGCGGCGAGUUCCUGGCUUGUCUACCGCAGCAAUCGCUCGAUGAGCCGUUCUGCGCUCCUAAGCGGGAUGCGAUCCUGAGACCUGGACAUGGGUACUAUAUAACAUGGAACACCGUCUACUUUGCCCUCCCCAACCAACGCGUGCAAAUCCUUGUUCAAACCGCCGACGUCCCUGACUCCCUCUCCCAAGACUCCUCCUCCUCUUCUUCCCCGAAGCCCGUAACCCCAACCCUCCCCCAUUUCUCCAUCCUCCCCGCCGACCAAGGUUUCGCCCUGCUCCCCCUUCCCAAAUCAUUCCUGGGGUCCUCCUCUUCGCACCAGAUAAUCAGACUCAACAUCACCAUGGCCGUCUGGGCCAGCGGUAACUACGACGAAGACGCGCCGACCGAAACAAAGCAAGGUCCCUUGGUCUACGUCACCAACGGUUACCAGUCCGAUGAUGUUGACGAUGAGGACGGCAAUCAUGACGGCGACAACAGCGACGGCGACGACGACGACAACGAUGACGGUUUGGUCGGUGACCCUGGUGGCCUAUCCAAGGGCAAGAAAAUCGCCAUAUCCGUCCCCGUAGCCAUUGUGUCUCUGCUGGUGCUCGGUGGAUUGAUCGCUUUUGCGGUGUGGGGAUAUAGGAAGAAAGGGGCAGUGCCGUGGGUUGGUGGACUCUUCGGUAAGAGAAGGGGAGGACUGGGAGGUAGGGGUGGUGGAAGCGGGUAUGGAGUGAGGAAGAGUUAUUCGGAGAGGGUUGGCGGGAAGAGAGGCGCUGGCGCGGGAGUGUCGGGGUUUGAAGAGGGGAUGAUCGCGACGAGGGGCGCGGGGGAUAACAAGGGCGGCGGUGGUGGUGGUGGUGGUGUCGAGUUGAUGGAUCGGAACAGUUGGUCGCCGACGAGCCCGACUAGUGCGUGGUUGGGCGGAGUGAAUGUGUUCCGUGCGGAGGUGGAGCGGCAAGAGAGGGUAAGGUAG